AAAAGGUUUACCCCCGAUGGUGAUCUUGCAGGCCUCGCACAGGAGUGAGGAUGUUUGGCUUGGCAUGGAUGUUCAGGUGGAUAGGUGCCGCGAGCACCUGCGGGGUUUGUCGCAUUUGCACGUCGACGACAUGGUACUAGCGUAUGUUGGUGCUGCAGGUUUUUAUACUCUUCACAUAUUAGUGGCUACUGUGCCUCUAGAUAGAGCGCUUCUCACUGCUCUACUUGAGCGUUGGAGGCAGGAGACACACUCAUUUCACCUCUCUGUUGGUGAGGUGACAGUGACAUUGGCAGAUGUUGCUGUACUUACCGGGUUAGAGGUUCAUGGGAGAGCUGUUACAGGCACUGCUUGUCGACAGUGGGUGGAUGAGUGUGAGCGGUUGUUAGGUAUCCGCCUCGUUCUUAGGACUGACCUUCAGGGGUCAUCUCUGAGGAUGCCAUGGUUGAGGGAGCACUUCCAGGUGCUUCCUCCCGACGCUGAUGAGGUGAUGAUCCAGCAGCAUGCUCGGGCUUAUAUAUUGAUGAUGAUGGGAGCCUCCAUUUUCGCUGACAAGAGCGGAAAUGAGGUUCAAGUGCUGCACUUGCCUUUGCUAGAGAGGUUUGAUGUAGCAGCACAGUUCAGCUAGGGUAGUGCCACCCUGGCUUACCUGUACAGACAGCUUUGUCGCGGCUGCCAGAGAGGGAGCACAGAGCUUGGGGGAUUUUGUUACUCCUCCAGAUUUGGUCAUGGGAGUAUAUCCACAUUGGCCGUCCCAUUAUAAUCGGAUAUCAUGGCAUUGAUGGACAGCCACUGCCUGAUGAGCCUCCACGUCUUCUAGGACCUCAUCAUGUACGGGGCGAGGACCCUCUAGACCGUCGAUGGCUAUAUGCUGGUCUAUCUCGCAUGUCAUCCGCUACUGGGCUCGGUGUGUACAGGGAUGCAUUUGAUCGGAUGUCUGAGGACCAGAUUACAUGGAUGCCGUUUACACCUGAGAUGUUAGCAGAGUUGCCCCCAGCUGGACGAGAGCAUACUCACAUAUGGCGAGCACGUGUGUCGUUGAUAUGUUUUGACAUUGUUGAGCUUCAUUUGCCUGAUAGAGUCUUGCGACAGUUUGGGUUUGAGCAGGUGGUUCCACGGCCUAUCGACACUUAUGUUGAGCUGCAUAGGCUAGAUAGGCGUGGGAAGCAUACAGAGGAUUGGGCACUCAGACAUGUCCGAUAUGUGACUAUGUGGGAAAGGAGAGCUGAGCUAGUUGUGUCCGGGACACCGACAUAUGUGCCAUCUGUUUCAGGAGACUACAUGGGAUGGUAUUACAACAUCACUCGUUUGUUUGUGUCUCCUUCGUUCAGACUCCCUACUCAUCAUUAUCAGCCUAGCUCCUUAGCUUUGCAUCUUACGACACGAGCUUUGCAGCGCAUACAUCAGCGGGCUACUGCCACAGUGACUGAUAGUCCUGAUGUGGACUUGUAUGGACAGGCUCUCACAGGCAUUGCGUCCUUGUGUUCAGAUGUGUUGGGGCGAGUCGACUACGGCCAUCUUAUACACAUGCCCCCAUCUCAGGAGAUGCCACCCACGUCUAGUGCAGCGGCGGCUUCAUCAUCCCAGACGCAACAUGAGAGAGUGGUUCUUCAACCACGACAACGGCGUAGGCGUAGACAUGAGCAGCAACAUCUCCAUGACGAAGCUGACGAUGGGAACUUGUAAUCUGUCUUUUGUAUUGUAGUUUUUCUUAUGCAGUAGAUGUUGUAGGAACAAUUUACAACAUUUGACGUAUUUUCUCUUGUAAAGUCUUGUAUGUUGUCUUGAUGUGUUCAAGUCUGAAUAUUAGAUGAUUACUUGUUAUGAAUAUUGGAUGAUUGUACUGUGUUAUACCGGUUAUGAAUGGAAGAUUUUGUAUUUGAUUUGUAAA